AUGCAUUAUCACGGUUUUACGAUUACGAUAAUCUGUCUGAACAUAAAUUACCUUUAUACCGGGCAAUUUCAAGAACUUAGCUGCGAUAUUAACGACAGCUACGACCCGCCUACGAAUCUCGGACAUCGCUUGUCCAAGGAUGUCCUGCCCGACAGAUACGCAAUAACUGUUUCUCCUGAUUUUAUUGGGAAUGAAUUCCACGCGUCGAUACAGAUCAAUCUUCGAAUUCGCAAGGAACGAAACUACAUCGCGCUGCAUGCUAAAGACUUGAUUAUCGCGUCGGCGAAAUUGCAUAAAGCUCAAUCGCCAUGUGAGCGGAUUCUUAUAAAGUCCGUAUGUUACGCGAACGACUACGAGAUGAUAUUUAUCAGGACAGCCGGACACAUAGCGGCGGGCGAGUACUUUUUGAGGAUGAAUUUCAGCGGACAUCUGAGCAGAAGGAUGAAUGGGUUGUAUCUAAGCACGUACACGAAUUUUGGAUACGAGCGCGACAGGAAACUAUUGGUCACACAAUUCGAGCCGGCCUACGCGAGGAUGGCGUUUCCCUGUUUCGAUGAGCCAAGCUUUAAAGCGAUAUUUCACAUACGCCUCGUUCAUUCGCGAUCGCAUUACCGCGCAUUGUCCAAUAUGCCAAUUUCAAGAGUCGCACGUGCGACGAAUAACAAUGACAAGGUGGUCACGUAUUUCGCACCUACUCCUCCCAUGCCCACUUAUCUGGUGGCUUUCGUCGUCAGCGAUUUGGAGUGCCUGACAUCCAGUAUCGACAGCUCGAGCGGCAAGGAAAUUCCGCUGAGUGUCUGCAUGCGCGCCGUUUACGUUAGGAGGAAAGCGCGAUUCGCGCUACACUUCGCCGCUCGAGCCAUGAAAUAUUACUCCGUUCUCUUCGGGAUUGAUUAUCAUUUGCCGAAACUCGAUCUGCUCGCGAUCCCCGACUUCGCCUCCGGCGCCAUGGAGAAUUGGGGCCUGAUUACCUUUCGCGAAACGAAACUUCUCCGUGAUGAAGGUCGCGUCUCGUACGCAGACACGAGGAACGUCGCCCUCACCGUGGCGCACGAGUUGGCGCACAUGUGGUUCGGCGACUCGGUCACUAUGAAGUGGUGGAACGACCUGUGGUUAAACGAGGGCUUCGCCACGUACAUGCAACACCGAGCCGUAGAUUCUAUUUUUCCAGCUUGGCGGCAGAUGGCUAGUUUUCCAUUGAAUACGAAGUAUAUCGCGAUGAAGGAGGACUGCAAAUUGAGCGCAAGAGCGAUCGCGACGGACGUGGAAACUCCCUACGAAAUCGGUGAAAAGUUUGAUCGCAUGUCUUACCAAAAAGCGGCGGCAGUCAUCAACAUGUUAGAAAACGCGAUGGGCAAGUCCAAGUUCGUCAAUGGGAUUAAGAACUACCUCGAAAUGUAUCGAUUUCGUAAUGCGGAAUCUCGAGAGCUCUUCGAGAUCCUGCGUAACGUUGGUCGCAACACGGUUGACAUCGUCGAGUUCAUGGACCGAUGGACGAAGCAGCCCGGAUUUCCGCUCAUCAACGUUCGGCAAGACGGCCUGACUUUCGAAUUAUCGCAAGGAAGAUUCGUGGCUGAUAAGAGACGACGCGAGAAAGCGGAAUUUACGGAAACCUGGAUCAUCCCUCUAAAGUACGUGACUGACGACAACAGCGAAGGUGUUAAGUUCGAUUGGUUCCUCGCAAACUUCUCAUGUGGUAAAUAGAAGUACAAAAAAUUAUUCGUCGAAAGGCCGGUGCGAUGGAUCAAACUGAAUCACGGUUCGGUCGGGUACUAUAUCGUCAAUUAUACGGAAGAUGCGUGGGCCCGAUUCGGCGAUCUAUUGUCUCGCGACACACGGGCUCUGGAUGCGAUUGACAGAGCGGAUUUACUGCAUGACGCGUUCCUCCUGGCGGAUACCACGGAUAUGUGUUAUUGUAUCGCCAUGAAUUUAUCGACUUAUCUGCUGGAUGAAACAGCCCUGCAGCCUUGGACCAUCGUUAGUCAAUGGUUCAUUCGGACCAGCAGACUGUUGCACGGCACGUAUGUCCAUGCUCAAUUUCAGAGGUACGCACGAGCUCUGAUUGACGGCAUAUAUCGGGGAUUCGAUUGGAACGUCGAUAGUAACGAAUCGUUCGGUAACAGAGAACUGCGCGCGAUAAUUCUGCAUGCAGCCUGCAGCGUCGCUCACGAACACUGCCUCACUUUCGCCGGGAACUCGCUGAGAGAAUUAGCGAAUAACGGCAGCGCGGAGCGACCGCAUCCUGACGUUCGUCCGAUCGUGUAUUCCUUCGGCAUCGCCGUGCAGUCCGUCGAGGCUACAUUUGAGACUCUGUGGCAACGAUUCUUGCGGGAAACUGAUGUACACGAGAGAGAAAGAUUAAUGAUCGCGUUGGCCAGCGCUCGAGACGCAACCGUUCUCCGUCGAUUGAACUGGGAUUAUCUUGUCGGCAAAUACACGCUGAGUGAUUACGCCAUGGGUAACGCGAUUGCCGCAAUAGUAUCUCUGUUUAAGGACGAGGCUAGAUUGAGAGAAGCCUUGCAAUUUUUCGACAAGCAUCCGGAGGCGGGGGUUGGUGCCAAUGCAAGGAUAAGCGCUAUCGAGGAAGUGCACUUCAACAUCAACUGGCUCCGAGUAAAUGUACAGAGAAUUGAUCAAUGGCUGAGAGUCAGCGGCUGUGAUCGAAUGCCCGCUCUGUGCUCGUAGAUCGUAGAAAACUUGAAGAUUCGUUAUCUUAUAUAGAAUGCCGCGCGUGUACGGCAUUAGAUAUUGUAAU